AUGGGUGCCGCCCCCCUCUCCCUCGCCACCCCCGUCCUUCCCCCCUUUCCUCCCGUGAGUCUCACCCGCGCCAUGGCGGCCUUCGUCGACGACGUGCGCGCUUCCUUCGAUGCCGCGCAUUUCUGCAGAGUCGUUUCGGCGGGCGUGGGCAUCGGCAAGACGACGAGCGGUCUAGCCCUGCGCGACGCGUCAGCCGUCUCUGCCGCCACGGCCGCGCUGCACAACUUCCACCGCGACGCCACCUCCCCGUCGACCCCGGACGUCGUCGCCGCCUACGUCCAGUACAGCCCCGCGGCGAACGAGCUCUUCACCGCCCUGCGCGCCAUCACUGUCAACGCGACGCUCGUUGCGCUAGCGCUCGACUGCCUCAUCGCUAUCGUGCGCUACGCGCACCAUCUCCCCAACCCGGCCCAGACGCGGGAGGCCGCGCGCGCUGUGGUUAAGGAGGUCGUUAAGACCAGGGCCGUGCUCCUCAGGGACGUCUUGGCGCAUGAUCAGCCCGCGUGCGCGAAGAAGGCCCUCGUCUUGUUGGCCCUCGUCGCACAGACGCAUCCCGUACUAGCGAAGGAGGUCCUCAAUCGCUUCAAGUUCGUCGACGACGUUCUGCACGAGAAGCUCUGUUCGUCUGCCAAUAAUUUUUGCAGGGUCCCGUUUUUGGCACUCGUGUACCACCUGCUUGCGUCUGGCGACUUUGAUGUCGCAUUUAGCCUUGCCCACAAAAACAGACCCGUGCUUGUUAACUGUCUCAACGUCGUCACCGUCCGUGUGGUCGAGGAGGCCUAUCCGCAAAAACCGAGUAAAACGGACCCAGUCAGAGACAAGGGAAAGAAAAAGAAACACAUUCCUACAAAAAAGAGAGUAAAGAAGGCAUCAGUCUUGCCUUCGCACGUCCAAAGAGAGGAGCUGAAUGCCGCUAUCGAUUUUCUCACUGCCCUGCAACGCCAUCUCCUCGCUUUGUCCCACGUUUCAACCAAGAGGGCUGCGUUUGCAUUUCCGGUCUUGGACCUUCUUGCUCAAAUUGCCGCUGCUGACAUCCCGCCCCUUGAACACGUGCCUCAUCAAGUGGUACCGGAGCAUCAACGACUCCGAAAGCUCGCGCUUGAGCUCUUUCAAUCCGUUGCCAUGGACUCUGCAGUCUCAUAUAUGCGAGACGUCAUUAGCGCUCUUACGAACAGAGUCAUCGCCAAUGGCAUUGCAACCGUUAAGUUUGUGCUCAAUGUUAUCGAUAGCCAACCCCAGGUUGCGAAAGGGCUGUUGGAAAGGGGAAAGUAUGUUCGUGAACUGCCCCAAUUGUCGUCUUCGUGGUUUGCAACGGCCGCCGUCAUAUCAGAAUGCGUGCUUAGGAUGCCAUGUGCGAUAACAAAGUUUGCCGAGAAUGGGUUUUUCACAAAGUGCCUUGCACACGAGGACCCUUUAAUCAGAAACACUGGAAUCACCAUUAUGAAUGCGUUUUGUAAAGUGAUACAAGCGGAUAGAGACGCUCUGGCUCGACCCGAAACAUUCCUGCCCUCUUUGGACCGUGUUCAAUACCACUUGAAAAACCACCAAGAUACCGACGGCGGUUCUCAAAAACUGCUCUCUGUGUACCAGGAACUGCUGUGCGAUGACGACGGAGGGACGAAGGCAGACCCCGUAAAACUAUCGCUUCAAAUGGCUGGAAACGACUUAGAAAUGUCGGAGCAUUCCAUUCGCGCCGCGUUCUCUGUAUCUCCGUGUGAUGCGCUGUCGUCCAUCUUGAAGAAAGGGUACUUUGCAAAGUUAAUUAUACGAGCAACGCAAACUAGCGACAAGGCUGCUUCGACACGCUUGUGGCGCUUGAGCCAUGAUAUACUGAUGCACACUGGUCUUUUUCCCACCGGGACCGAAAACGAAGUGGACAUUUUUUUAUCUCUUCUUUCCAAACAAAACACCUAUUUAUUUGAGUCUGCAACUGCCCUGGAGAAAAUUGCCUUCAUGGCAUGGAGCAUGCCGUUUCGACUCUACGAUGACCUCCACAACAUCGACGAUUCAACGUGCAGGCCAAAUACAAGCUCAACAUCGCUAUUUACCGUACGUUGUAUAUAUCAAUUAAGGAAAUUGACGGCUUCGGAAAACAGGACUACCCCACAGGAAUUACAUUUCCGAAGUUUUCUAGAAAGCGUCCUCACCACAAAUAUUGCCUGCCAGCGGCUAAUGGGGUCCUUUCUCGAUGGUGGCUUUCUCGAUGACGCUAUUCGAAAAUUGGGACUUGGAUUAGAAUGUGAUGGGUUGGAUGUGGAAGCAGUAGCUCUGAAGCAAUGCCAGGUUGCUCAGCGCCUCUUCACCGGACCAUCAAAUUACAUGACGACCCCGUACCUGAAGUUGAUCCAGGCAAUAUCAUUGCUUCACUUGCAGAAUCACAAACAUUCUCAGAGUUUGACGAGACGGACUGCUGCUGCUGAUGAUGGAUUUGUAUGGAAGGCAUGGCAAGGUUUCAGAGAAGGAACAGAGGGCGACCAUGCCUGCGACCCAUUCGGUACUUUAUCCAAAGAUUCACUUCUGAACGCCAAGGCUGGAAUCCACCUCGGCACUCUUCUCCACAGCCUUCGAGAAGGUCGUUCAGAAGGAGAGAUUUCGAAACACCUUCUUCUUUUGAGAAGAACUUUGACAACAGAUGAUUUCAUGCUAUCUCUGGGCUUUGGAUUGCGUGUAGGCCAGGGCAACCCACUACAUCAUUUGAUGAGGACAGCCUCAAAAACUCUCGCAUUCCCGCUGGAUAAGCUCGCGCUCAUUUCUGAAUCUGAGUCUUUUCUUCAGGAGUCUAUGUUGGUGGCAGUCAAUAGCAAGCAUAACUGGACAAGCGCGGACGUCGAUCUCUUCAUAGCGGGGGCACUCAGGAUAUUGAACGAGUGGGAAACUCAAUCUGGAAGCGAGGAACGCAGUACGUUUGCGUUCUCACUUAUCUUGCGCCUGGUGAAGCAUGAAAAAGUCGGAGCACGCAUCCUUUCACGCGCCAGUCUUCGAUCUAAAUCGAUAGUCGGUAUUCCUUCGUUUUCCAGUAUGUCACUUGCGAAUGCCAUUCUGGUAUCUCACCUCGUGAGAUAUUUUCCUGCCUUGACCAGAGCGGCCCUGGCCACCAUAACGACUGUCACAGAAAACGAGCUUGCAGCAUGCUUGCAAACCGUGUAUCCUCUCGUAGGGAUCUUGAUGAGAAAGAAGCUGUUUCAAAGCCUCAAAGCGGAUCUGAGAUACAACCACGACGGCGUUUGCAAGACUGUUAUAAACGCCGUGGCAACCUGCAAACAACGUUUUGUUACAGGAAACGAAAGGGAAGCAUCUCUGCUGAAUCAAGCUGCAUGCCAUCUUGGAGAGACCUUACUACAAUCAGAUUCAAGUUGGGGGAGUUUAAUUGUCAUUCUCAGAAAAGCAAAAGCAAAAGGGAAUGUUGUUGUUUUGGAAAACGUUUGGAUGUUGUUGGCAAGCGCUUUUCAUCCACAAACGCAAGGAGGACUGAUUCUAUCCGUUCCCAACCUGCAAAUGGUUGAGUAUGCUGCCGCUCUCACCGAAGGGAUUGCCGAAAUGGACCUGCAUGCGGACGAUAUAUUUAGUUCUUCCAUCCUCAACAGCUUCCACGAUGUAAUAGGCUGCCUUCGGAAGAGGAAAAUCGCAGUAUAUUCUGUAUGGAAGGACGUUGCGCACCUGGAAAAGUCCCUUACUUUGGCAUGCUCCAACUUGAUGAAGUAUGUACAUCAACUUGCCGGCUGUUGCGUUGAUGACAAGUUUACGAAAGGGCCGGCCAUGGUAUCAGACGAGAACAAUGGUAGCCACUGCAGCUUGUUCAGCUUGCCAUUGCUAUGUGUCAGCGAAGCUCUAGGUCUUGAUCUUGUCUUGGACAAGGCAGCCAAGCGAUCUCUUCUGUCGCUUGGGGCUCACAAUGGAGACUGUUUAAUAGCUUCCUUUCGCAAGAGGUCAAAAAGGAAGAAUUCGGACGUCUGCGUUGAUAAGGAGACCGGGUCCGCUGUAGCACUCUUGAUCCAGUCUGCGUUGUUACGCAUGCCAAGAUAUAGUCUUGAGGAGGAAGUCGCAACAGCCCUUAGCAUAACAGAGGGUGUGCUGGCAUCAUUUUAUGGCGCCACAUCGAAUUCAACGGACGUGGCAAUCCGCAACUGUAUGGACAAGAUCUCCGAUACCAUCAGAAAUAAUGGCGGUCGAUCGAAACUAGGCCUACUGGAGAGAAGAACAGAGUUUUUUGCUCCAUCGUUCCCCGGAGUGCUUUCGCGGCUUGAUAAGAAGAAACUUCAACAAACAUGUAACCUUAUGUUGGAUCCGUGCACUGAUCAGGCGAUGUCCACGUGGUCGCCAGUGAACUCCUCAUCUCUUGACGAACAAGCAAGAUAUGCCAGUUACGAUCCGGUCUUCGUUCUUCGGACUUUCUUUUGCGCCUGCACAGAGGCGAAGAAAUCUCCUGGAAUUGCUGUUCUUGAUAUUGGUCGCAUUGCAAGAGAAGGGGUUCUCGCGGUAGCUCUGACUGGAAUAGCCACCCAUGAUCAGGACACUCGUGCGUUGUCAUUUGCAUGCUUGCAUCAGUUCUCAUCCGUCGUAGGUCCUGUUGCCGGCGUAGAACAAGGUUCAGCAGCGGGGCUUUACAAGGACAGAAGGCAGCUCGCGUUUCUCUUGGAACUGUUGCAAAAUUCAUUUCAAAUGCCAAUGCCGCGGAUCCUUCCUUUGUUCGCAGUGUGGUAUCAGAAAGCACUGAAGAUUGCCCUUGCUCCAGCCCACGAAGCAAACAAAGCUGUGACCUUCUUUUUUCUACGCUCUCCUUGCAUGGACGUCUCUGAUUGUUUAGGUUUGUCGAAACUUUUCAAUUGGGACUCAUCCGGGCCUCAACUGAGCGCUGUGCGUCUUCUCGCGAUGGAUAUAGUUAAGAGAGGAACGGUUUCUGCGAGAGAUGUAGCUGUGCUGAAGAAGCGAAAAGUCUUCGACGCAUUGUUACGGUUGGGUGGAAGUGCCGCGACGGAUGAUCAGAUCGUGCGGGAUCAGGCCUUGGAAACCCUGGCUACCCUCUUUGGUCGGACUGGCCUCCAGCUGGGGCAAGAAGUGGCGCUUUCGCACGGCAUAAUACCCUGGCUUCUUCAAGACGCCGGGCAGGUCGACGAGCCCGACCGCAUCUUACGCACUCGUGUGAACUUGCUGCGUCAUAUCUGUACAUCAUUCACAAAUUCUGAUGAUCGUGGGCGCAUUACUAACAUAUGUGCAAGUGCCCUUGCCGCACUGGUGAGGAGAGUCCUACACCGACAAGACUACCGACAAUCAAGAUACUUGCUUGCGCGCGUGCUCCAGUGCACCGAAGCCAUCGCCAAGCGAAGUCCUUACUAUCGACAAUACCUAACCGUUGACUUCUCACCGCUAUGUCUGGAGUUCAACAAUUUUGACACUGUAGAAGGCCUUAAUCUCGACUUGAAUACUGUGGUAUUCGCUAUUGCACGUCAACGGAAUAUGCAUGUAUCUCCUAACGUCUAUCCUAUCAUGCUGCGAACAGCAAUAUCGCUAACUGGCUGCGAGUGGCACCUAACGAACCGGGAAGUUUUUGACCUGCGAUUCUCGGAAGAAAUUUUUCUCAUACAUGCGUUUAUUGCGCAAAGUCUAUUGCAACGAGAAAGCACAGAGUUCUCGAAACGCUUUCCCAGUAGUGAUUUGUGUCUAUGCCUCGCCAACUCGAUGAGUAGUUGUCCAUCUGUUUGGUUGACUAUCGCAAGCUUUCGCGUUUUGGAAAACCAACGCGUGAUGUUUACGGAUUUACUUGAGCAAGCGCACCUCUUGCCUGCUCUCCCAUCAGAUAUUAUUAACCCAAGCCAAGACCAGAAGUUUAUUGAAGUGGUUGAUCAAGUUCGCCUUCGAGUAGUAGACAAUCUAAUAUUGGCUUCCUCGACCAAGACAAGCAGAUCGAUAGCACCUACUUUCAGGCAAGUUGAAGGAGAAUAA